AUGCAUGUGGCGUCUCGUCUAAGUCCUGAAUCAACGUCCUGUUCUGACCUAUCCCAUACAACUCGUGUGGUCAGAGCUUUGCGACCGGCACCUACUACGACGACAUUGGUUAUUCCCCUGAGCCAGUGCUGCGAGUCUCGAACGCCGCCGGUCGACUUUGGACCUAGAACGACACUUUCUACUGUUACUGCCACUUCGGUCACCACGGGAGUCCGAGGUCCAUCCAAUACCAGCCCUCCCUCUCCCUCGCCACCGACUACUGUGGGGGCCCUGCCAGGGUUUGCCAUUGCAGGCAUUGUUGUAGGAAUCCUCCUGGUUCUCGCCGGUGCUGCCUUUAUAUUCUUCCUCUGCCGUCGCAGGAAACAACGUCGGAGGGAUUCAGGGGCAGCAAGAGAGGCACCCAUGUAUCACUUUCAGGAAUAUCAGACCGUCCCGGUCAACCAACCAAGAUCAUCACCAUCACACUCUCCUUCCAACUCCUCCGUGGCUACCGAAGCACUACUCGACUUGGGACUAUACGAAAGCGACGACGCCAAUGAAUACACGUACGGGCCAGUAACACCUCCCCAACCCCAAUACGUGGAGCACGAAAUGGUACAAAUUAGAAAGGCAACGCCCUCCCCUAGAGCCGUGGACCGCCGGAGUGUCGACACAGUCUUCGCCCUGUGGUUCUAUGCCACCACGGAGCUGGACCGUCGACGAUCAAAGGGUUCUUCCAAUCUCGCCGAACUCCCUUCUGCUCCUUCUCCACCGGUACCAGCCUUGCCAGCAUCACCACCGCCACCCGUCCCAGCUUCAAAUCCAGAUACAGCCAGUACCAAACGCUCCUCCAAAGCACGAAGAACAUACCUCACCCCUGCUGGUACACCAUGGGAACCCAGCAAGCCCCCCAAAGCACCCCUUCCCCCUCCGCCACCGGUCUCGGCUCCCUCAAUCUCACCAGCCCCAAGGAAAACAUCCAACCCCCGGUUCUCCCUCUUUCCAGCCCCACCAAAGCCACCCCCGAAGAACAUCAUGAGGAACAUCAACUCAAGCCGGUCACCAAUCCCCGCCCCAUUGAAGAUAACACCCCUGACAAACCACCCUCUACGAACACAAAGAUCUAAACCUCAACCACAAGCACAACAAAAGCAACCAGAAACGAGACCCCGAGCCCCCUCAACAGGCAUGAAAUCCGCCCCCCUCCCCUCCAACAAACCCCUCCCUCUAUCACCCCCCAUCACCUCAGAAACCAGACCUCCCCAACCCCAACACCGACCCCGCGCCCGGUCUUCCCAAUCCCGUCUUGGACGAGUCGGGCUUGGCCUUCAAACAGAAGGCAUGGUCAACAUCCCACUCAACAACCCCAGUCCGUCCAACCGUCGGCCAGGAACAUCACUUUCUUCCUGCCCGUUUGGUGGGGGAAGACAACAACAAGCCCAGGAAGCACCCCGACCCGGGACGUCGCUAGGCACAACAACCAGACCUCGCACUCCUGGCACCGCUCCCGCUACCUCGACAAGAUUCAACGAGGGCUUGCUGACGCCUCCUAUGGGCCAAGGGGCAUUCCCUCCUCCGCCGGGAGCGAGUCACAAGACUAGGAGGUCACUUCCUGGGACGAGCGGGAGCAAGUGGUUUGGCGGGUUUGGGGGGUGGAGGAGUCCAAAGUAUAUUUCUUAA